CGUGACAAAACUCUCGAUACAAACCAGUUCCUGCAAACGCACAGAAGAACAACAUUGCAUAUAGUAAUUAAUGUGAUCGCAGCCUAGUAUAUAAGUAGAAACGAAAGAAAAUCUUUCCACUUUGGAAAAUGAACGUUUUUAAAGAGGGUCUGCUUUACCUACACGGUGUCAAGUUUGGAAAGAAAACCUGGCGGAAAAUAUGGAUGAUCAUCCUCAAGCCCCAACCACUGGAGAUAGGGCGCCUGGAGGUCUACAGUUUGCCCGACGACACCAAUGUUGACAUGCUGCCCCCUGAGCAGGACAAAACCAAGCGACGGGUGGUGCUUUUGUCGGACUGUCUGGACAUCACCCUGGCCCCGGAGGAGGCCUGUCCCCCGGGCUGCACUGCCUUCUAUCUGGACACAACGUUGCGCACCUACACCCUGGCCUCCGAGGAUUGCCAAGAAUGGCUCCUGGCACUAUGUCAGCUUACCUUCCAGGAUCAUGGAGAAAAGAUUUCGUUGGAAGAAAAUAGUCUGCUGAUGAAGGACUGUGACCUCUACUCAGGUAUGGGUGAUCAACCAGAACAGUACAAUGUCACAGUUCUAGGCACCGUUGCAUCAGAGAGAUGUCUGCUUGCUGGAGAAUUCGUCUUCCUUCUGGACAUAGAGGCUGUGUUCCUAUUGGACAAGGAAACGGCUGACAUCAUAUACAGAUGGCCUUACAUGUUCUUGCGCCGAUUCGGAAUUGUCAAGGGGGGUUUCUGCAUCGAAGCAGGCCUGCAGUGUGACUCGGGAGAGGGGAUGUUCUCCUUCCUGUCUCCACAUGGUCAUCAGGUCUGCCAAGCCAUCGCCCGGCACUGCUUGACCAAGCAAGAGGCUAUGGGCUCCUCUACCCAAGAGUCAGAUUACGAUCAAGUCUCCCCUCCUCCACCCUCCUACGAGUCGGACACAGAACCACAGGUUUCCAACCACCCGGGCACCGCCUGUGUCGGGGCGGGGCCUGGUCUGGCCGACCAUUACUACGCCGAAGUAAACCUCCUCCCUCCAUCGGUCAACAGUCAACCAUCCCCCCAGCACCCCUCCCAUCUGCAACCGGGUAUGGAAGAGGAGGGUGAGUCCGGCCAGGGGCCGGGCCCCUGGGGUGGCUCGGGGGACGACGGCUACACCCGGGGGCCAGCGGCUGGGAUAAGGGUUGCGAUCGUGCCGGAGGGACUCGAAUCUAACUUUGUCUAUUCCCUUGUGAGCUGCUCCGAGUCGGAGUCUGACUCCUCCCUCUACGAGGCGCUGCCCUUCACGAGCAGCCCCACGCCAGCCCCCCCGUCGGCCCGGGCACCAGUAUCCGCGAAGCCCCCGCGCCGGGCCAGGCUCUUCUCCAAAGGGACCAAGAAGUCAAAGACCGCGGGGGGGCCUGUAGACCGCUCUCCUUCUGGUCCCAAGAAAGGGCCCACCCGGAGUUUCAAACAGAAGCUGUCAAAACUCAUUUCUUUAGACUUGGCAAAGUUCCAGUCGCGGAGACGCUUUGGAAAAGGCAAAUCUUGAUCUCCUUUUAUCACUGUUAGUGGGAGAAUUUUUCUCCUUAUAAAUAUGUAUCAUAUGUAUAAGAAGUGUUUUUUUCGUUAAGCUAUUCUACUGUAUUAUGGUGUUAUACAAAUUAAAUGUUUAGGCCUUAAGCACAUUCAUUUUAAAAUAUGAAAAGCUAGUUGGUGAUCUCUAGCUGUAACCUUAUCUAUUUACCCUGCAAUUUAAUUAGCUAAUAUUUGUAUAGGUGUGUCUUUAUAUUGAUCAUGUACAGAUUAAUGCUAUGAUUGUGGAUUUUUCCUUCGUAAAUGAUGUUUGUAUCUG